AUGCCUGUAAAGGCUGGUUCAGCAGCCAAAACAGUACAGAACUCCUUGACCUCUCCGCACGCUCCCAACCCCCCUCGAUCAGAUCCCACCAUGUCCGACCGCCCUUCAACGCGUCCCACCAACGGUGAGGCGCAUGCGCUCAAAGAGAACCAAACCUCGAACCCGAUGGCUCCAACCGUGAACCGCAAGAAGCAGAAAAGAAGGCAAAAACAAGCUGCUCGUUUGGCCGCAGAUAGUCAUCUUCAGAACGGAUAUGCGUCGACAGAUGCUACUGAACACGCAGGACUGGAGGACCACCCCUACAAUGAGCCCGAUUUGGAUGAUGUUGAACCACACCAUUCUACCAAUGGAGACAUGUAUUCCGAUGAUGAUGAUCAAGUUUCUAUCGAUGCGUAUCACGGGACAUCUAAUCAUGUUCACCAAGCAGUACCGGGCAGGAAAUCUAAGAAGAGAAAGGGUAAAAAGGGCAGAUCUGGUUCUCGGAUUGCUGCGGAUGGCAGCUCUACCCCUCGAUCUACUCCAUCCGUUUCCAUGUCGCACUCCUUUCCUCCCCCUCUCCCCCCGCAUUUCGGACCCCGCGCGAUUUUGAAAUCGGCCAAAGAGCGCAGUAUCUGGAAUACUUCGACACAGGAAGAAAGAGAAAAUAUUAAAACUUUUUGGCUUGAAUUAGGCGAGGAGGAACGACGACAAUUGGUCAAGGUGGAGAAGGAUGCGGUCUUGAAGAAGAUGAAGGAGCAGCAGAAACAUUCGUGCAGCUGUACUGUGUGCGGGCGAAAGCGGACGGCCAUCGAAGAGGAGCUCGAGGUGCUCUAUGAUGCGUACUACGAAGAGCUCGAACAGUACGCCAAUUAUAACCAAGGUUCCUUCGAGAAGAACUCGCCGAUCGUCCCCCCUCCUCGUUUAUAUCAUCCACCAUUACGAUCCCCUGGCCAACAUACCAGAACACAUGGUCAAUUCCAUCCUUCACGAGGCCGUGUUCAUGAAUUGCCAGAAGAGGAUGAAGAAGAUUUGGAAGAAGAAGAGUAUGAUGAAGAGGACGAGGACGAUGAGCCAUACAGCGAUGAAGAGGAGGAAGACGAGGAUCUUGAGGACGAGGACACUCGUGCGGCCCGCGCGGAUUUCUUUGCCUUUGGAAACAGCCUAACGGUAAAAGAUGGGAUCCUUACAGUCGCGGACGAUUUAUUAAAGAACGAUGGAAAACAUUUUAUCGACAUGAUGGAACAGUUAGCCGAACGUCGAAUGCAGCGGGAGGAAGAUACCCAAUACGGAAUCGCUGCAGCACAUCAAUCCCUCCAUGGCGGCCACAACCACGCUCCUCUCGACGAUGAAGAUUACGAUGAUGAAGAGGAUGAAGAUUAUGAUAGUCAGGAGGAAGAGGAUUAUGAGGAAGAUGAAAUGGUGUGCCCUGGAGUUGUUGGCCCAUUCUCUUCGCCAUGUUUGCAGGGACGGUGCGUGCUGACUGAGUUUUUUCAGGACGCCAUGACCGAAGAGCAACGCAUGGAGGAAGGAAGACGAAUGUUUCAGAUCUUUGCGGCCCGAAUGUUUGAACAGCGCGUCUUAACAGCGUAUCGGGAGAAGGUCGCCGAACAGCGACAACAAAAGCUCAUCGAGGAGCUUUUGGAAGAGGAAAACCGGAACGAACAGCGCUCCGCCAAGAAAGCCCGAGAGGCCGAAAAGAAGAAGGAGAAAAAGCGACUUCAGAAGCAGGCCAAGGAAGAAGAAAAGGCGCGGCGUGAGGCGGAGAAGGCUGCAGAGGAAGCUGCAGCGAAGGCCGCACAGGAGAAGAAACAGGAAGAGCAACGGCGCAAACGUGAAGAGCAGCGAAAGAAACGGGAAGCUGAGCGAAAAGCCCAAGAGGAAGAGCGUGUACGCAAAGAAGCCGAGAAGCAACGACGCCUCCGUGAAGAGAGAGAACGACAGGCGGACGCCGAGAAAAAACAUCGUGAGGAAAAGAAGCGGCGUGAGGAGGCCCGGCGAAAGGAACAAGAGGAACGAGAGAAAGAAACGCGGGAGGUCAAGACUCAACCGAUCCUUCCAAGUGUCCCUAUUCCGUACAACAUGCCACUUCCCCAGGGGCCGUCGCCGCACUCUCAAAUCGCUACGCCCGUAGUCCCCAAGGCACCUACGCCCGCCAGGGUCCGUCAACCAUCUCGUCAGGGCUCGCACACAUCGUCGCCACGAUCGCAGGCCGCCAGUGCAGAACAUUCGCAACCCUCCGUCUCUCCGCGAUCUAUGCCUCCAUCUGGAACCUCGUCCAGACAGGGACUUGCACAGCAUCCGAUGCUACAUACUCCUCAACCGUCUACGCCGUUGUCUCCUCUCGGUUCCACAGCUAGAUCUCAUCCCCCGGGGUUAUUUGGCAUCAACGGCUUGCCGUCUCAUCCCCCCCCUGGUCUAUCAGGUAUGCCUCCUCGACCGCCAAUGGGCCCAGAGUUGCCUGCAUACCCGCCACACACUGGAUCUCUCAUGAGCCCAUUGCGCGGGUUCCCUGCACCAAAUGGGAUACCGGUUCCUCCAGGGAUUAAUGGAGUCCGUCCGAUGCCGCCUGGACGAGGUUUCCCGCUCGAUCUGGGGCAUGGGCUUCCCUUCCAUGGCCAGCAGCCGGUGGCGAACGCAUUCUCUCCGCAUCAGAAUGGACUGUCGCAGGUUCACUCUAGACAGCCGUCUAACUCCUUUGAACGGUCCCCUCUAAAUACCCAAACACAGCCCCUCCCGAUUUCCCGACCCAGUCCAAUCAAACGUCCUUCCAGUACGGCUCCGCAGGAUCAACAGCACGGAAACAGGCGUACUACUGCAAAGCAAGAUGUGGAAGAGUUAAGCACACAUCUAGGCAGCAGUGCCCUUCUCGACGACACUGAUGCGCCAUUGCCCUCGAGUUUAUCUCAAUCUCUUCCAGGUGCAACGGUACCGGGACCUUUCCGAGGGCCAACUCGUGCUAGCUUUGAGGCACCGUCAUAUUUUGUUGACCCUCUUGCGUCGAAACCUCCUAAUUUCUCAUUGAAUCCUAGUGGAGUAGGGAGCAACACUUGGGGACCACCACCACUUCCCUUUGGUACCUCUCCAUUCCCUGGGCCAACAACAUGGGGCACUGGACCUGGUAACGGCUGGUCAAACAACGCUUUCGGGGCUGGAGGUUUCCACCGUACACACACGUCGCGGCCUGUUACGAUUCGGUUAUUGGUGAUACAAGCCUGCAAGCAGCUUAAUGCCAUUCUUCCUUCUAAAGAUGCAAGCGGCUACCAUGAUGUGCACCUUGUUCUUCGCCAAAUAGAGCAGUUAAAACCGCCUAGCGAGCCUGCUAUUUCCUUGAAGGAGAUGCUCGACAUCUGCGACACGGAAGGCAACCCCCAAAACGGGGGUGGUUCGUUUUCGAUCCGCGACAACGAGAAUGGACAAUUCGUCAAGUUCGAGUCGGAUACUAUCAGUGCUGCUUCAGGCCACAGAGGCAGCAUUGUCCCCGGUGAGAUCGGGAGUCCAAUUACAAAUAGCAGCGUACCAGUAUUUGGCGGCAUUUCCACUUCUUCCGUGCUACGGCAGUUUACUUCUCCUCCAACCGGCUUCUAG